AUGGCAGCAGCCUCAGUUCUCGCCCCUAACGCCCACUACCCACCUCAGCCAUAUCCUUCCAACUACUCUCACCCACCCUCAUCCGGGCCAAGUGUUGCCAACAUGAUCUCCUCGGAGCCUCGACGACCCUCUCCCGACAAUGAGUCCUCGACUCGCCAGUCACUACCAUCGAUUUCAGAAGUCAUUUCUGGUGCACGGCCUGGACAGUACCCUCCGCCUGCGCAUCCUCUGCAGCCUGGCUCAAGCCUGCCCUCACCAUUUGCUCCGUCUGCUCGACAGUACCCCGAAGCCGACAAGCACUCAUCUCAGCCUCUGCACUCUGUUGCCUUUCCUCCCCGACAGGAAAGCCACAAUGCAUACUCAGAUUCACCGAGGCCGCCCUUUAGCACUGGCCGACCCGCUGAACCGCCAAAACCAUCUGAUCACCGCUCACUGAAUGGAGUCUACUCCCAACCACCGCCCCCGCCGACUUCCGUCCCGUAUCAGCCGGCACAGCUUCCACCUGGGCAACAGCCGCUCCCUCCUUAUCAGGUAUCACCUCGAGGUCAUGCGGCUUCGCAUCUGCCCGGGCAAUACGAUUCUCGGCCGGCGCCUACACAUGCUGAAGAGGCCGAGUAUGCUGCCAGGGCUCGAUACGAUAACGGGACCUCGCGAUCGUUUGAGAGCUGGAGCUACCAGGAAGCUUUGAGCCGGAUUGGAACCUGCUCGCGAACCAUUUUCAACUUCGCAGAGGCCUACGGCCGAAUUGCCCAAGAGCAGCACGGAUCUCAACCAAUUCCCGAGCGUCUUCCGACUGAGCGAGAAGUGAGCGACAUGCUCUCCAACGUCGAGUACCUCAAGCGUUCUCUCGAGCAAUGCAGAGAGGUAAUUGUAGCCUCACUACAGAGCGAGAGGGCUCGCGAAGGUGCCAAACCACCAAAAGGCCCUUAUGAGGAAGACCAAGACGUCCCCAUGUAUGGAGACUCCAUUAAGCCACCAUAUGGCAUGACAGAAGUCAAAAAGCGACGAGGCCGUGCUGCCCCUCCUGGACGAUGUCACAGCUGCAAUCGCAUCGACACUCCAGAAUGGAGACGGGGUCCUGAUGGUGCCAGGACUUUGUGCAAUGCCUGUGGUCUCCAUUACGCCAAGCUUGAGCGCAAACGCCAGCUAGAAGCAAGAUCACUACGUCCCAAGCCUGAGGAGAGAAGCUAG